AUCGAUGAUUUAUGGGAUACAAAAGCAUGGGAUGCUAUCAAAUGUGCUUUCCCCCAAAAUAACCGUGGCAGUAGAGUAAUAACAACCACCAGAAUUCAGAGUGUGGCUAUGGCUUGUUGUUCCAACAGUCGUCAAUAUAUUUUUAACAUGGAACCUCUUAGUGAAGCAGACUCAAGGAGAUUGUUCUUCGGUAGGAUUUUUGGUUCUGAGGAUUCUUGCCCUCGCCAACUUCAAGAUAUUUCUUUAGAAAUACUCAAAAAGUGUGGUGGUUUGCCACUUGCAAUCAAUAGUAUAGCUAGCCUUUUAGCUAGUGAAGCUAUAAAGAAGGAAAGGUGGGCACAUGUGCGGGAUUCUUUGAGCUCCAUCCGUGGAACAAAUCGUACCAUAGAAGAAAUGAGACAGAUUUUGAACCUCAGCUACAGUGAUCUUCCACAUCAUCUUAAGACAUGCUUGCUAUAUCUUGGCAUGUAUCCGGAGGACCACCUUAUACAAACGGUUGAUUUGGCACUUCAGUGGGCAGGUGAAGGUUUUGUUGGAAAAUGGGAGGGACAAUCUGCAGAGAAGGUUGCAAGAAGUUACUUGAAUGAGCUUAUCAACAGGAAUCUUAUUCAACCUGUGAGGUUUGGCAACAACGGCUCUAUUGUGACAGUUUGCAAAGUUCAUGAUAUGAUGCUUGAUCUUAUAUUGCUCAAGUGUGCAGAGGAGAAUUUCGUUGCUGUCAUAAAUAACGCAAGAGCAAUCAUGGAGCUGCAACAUAAGGCCCGUCGAAUGUCGCUCUGCUUGGAAGGUACAGCUAAAAAUGAUGACACAUUGCUAUCAAGAAAGGCAUGUCUUUCACAAGUCCGUUCAGUUGCAAUCUUUCGGACUUCUCAGUGGAUACAAAUUCUGCCACUGUUCAAGGUUCUGAGAGUUCUAGUUCUUGACUUUUAUGUUUAUCCCAGUGUGGAGAAAAGAAACAUCGACCUGACAGGACUUUGCAAACUGUACCAGCUGAGAUAUAUAAAGAUUGAAGGCUGUAAAAAGUGUGAGCUGCCAAGGCAAAUUCGACAGCUACAAUACUUGGAAACAUUUGAUAUAGAUAAUGGACGAAGCAUUCCAUUAGAUAUUGUUCAUCUGCCUCGCUUGUUGCAUCUGAGAAUUCCAAACAAUGCAAGGCUACCAGAAGGGAUCAGCAACUUGAGGUCUCUACGUUCUCUAAACUUAUUUGAUCUAAUGAAUAACUCCAUAGACAACAUUAAGUGCCUUGGAGAACUUACCAAUCUAAUGUAG